GCGGAGAGAAUCGAAGAACCACGUUUGCAUUGCAUCUGCUCGGGAAUCCUCCCUCCUUUCGUUCCUGCAACUCCACCAAGAGCUGUUUCAAGGAAUGUCAGCAGGGGAGCUCCGCGGGGAGGGCGUCGUCCCCGUUCUUGAGCACAGCUCCACGAUGCCCUCCCUCCCCCGCAUUUUCACUUCAAGGCCAUCGUCUCCAGCUUUGAUAUCUCACUUGAUUUACAGCUUCAUUUGAUUCGAUCCUCCCGGCAACGAUCAUGGCUCAUUCAAGCCUCGCAGGAAAGAGAGUGAUUAUCACAGGCGGCGCAUCAGGAAUCGGCCUAGGCGUCGUGCGAUUCUUCGCCUCUCAAAAGUCCCAGAUCUCCAUCCUCGACAUCUCCGCCGCCAGCGCCGAGUCCGUCGUGUCGAGCCUGCGCUCCGAAUACCCCGGCGUCACCUUCCUCUCCAAGAAAUGCGACGUUGCCGAUUGGGAUGAGCAGAAGAGGGUCUUCGCCGAAGUAUAUCAGGAGCUCGGCGGUAUCGAUAUUGUGUUUGCGAAUGCGGGCGUUACGGAGCUGGGCUCCUUCGUACAGAAAGAUGAGGGCGAACCCACGAAGCCGAAUCUAAGGACGCUGGAGAUUAACCUGAUUGGGAACUUGUAUACCGUGAAAUUAGGGAUCCAUUACCUGCGCAAGAAUGAAGCUGCGUACAAAGGAUCAAUCAUCUGCACAGCCUCGAAUGCUGGAAUUUACUAUUUCCCGAUAGCGCCUAUCUACGCUACCUCCAAGCACGGGGUUGUAGGAGCCGUGCGGUCUCUGGCGAAAUCUCUAGAGCUGGAAGGGAUCCAGAUCAACGCUCUGGCUCCUGCCGUGAUCGCAACGAACAUCGCCAAAGAUCGCGCGCUCUUCGACAACAUGAUCCUGACCCCGAUGUCGACGGCUGUUAGUGCAGUCGAGGAAUUCGUGACGAAUCCCAAGGUCACGGGCGCCAUUGCUGAGAUCAGUGGGGAGAAGUUCACGUACAGAGAACAGCCCGAGUAUAUUGAUGAGAGCACGGAGAAAAAUCUCGAUAUGUUCUGGACUUUGGGAUAUGCUUAGCUGAGACUUUGGGCAGCUAUCAAGAAUAACUCAUAUCCCAAGUCAUUAACUAUUGUGAUUCAUUCAGUCGCCAACACUAGCAGCCCCUCCCUUACUCAGUCCUAUGCCUUGAGUAGAAAAGGGCUAUCUUCUUUCCUUGUAGAUGAGAGUCUUAGAAAUGCAUUUGAUGAGAACACCUAAAUAAAUAC